GAAAACGAUCUCAACCUGGACACGGUAGGCAGACGAGCAGAGGGGAGAGCACAGUUAGGAUGAGGCAGACGUGAAUCCUGCGAGAGAGAAAGCCCCCCCGCCCCGCUGGGCGGCCCGUAGGCAGCUCUGCCCUCCCCAGGAGGGCUCUUUGGCCACGCCUCCUCUGGGGCAGCCCUUGGAAGAGCUCGGGGGCACUUGCACAGCUCCGGACAAGAAGGGGGCGUGCUGAAAAACAUCAAAUCCACACCUACAGGAGGAGGACGGCGUGGGAAGGGAGGGAAGGAAGACGGGGAGGACAACGCAACUUACAUGCCAAGCUCGCAAAAGGCUUUUCCUUAGGAAGCAAAUCGCCGGCGCUCCCGGGGAGCUCUGCCCCAGCCGUGAGGAGGAGAUAAGGAUGAGGAGCCGCCUCGGCCGCGCCGCGCACAGCUCCCGCCCCGUCCGGCACGGCUGAGUGCCGCUUCAGCACCACGGACAGCGCCAGCAGCGCCGCCAUGGGGGGCCGCGUCCGCGCAGCACCGCGCAGCGCCCCGCGCCUCUAGAGUGAAGCCGAGCCGGCCCCGACGCGCACAUGUUGAGAAACAGCAAUUAUAAAAACAUGCAUCGAAGGCACACAACCCUUCGGGAGAAGGGCCGCAGGCAGGCCAUCCGGGGCCCAGCCUACAUGUUCAAUGAGAAAGGCACCAGCCUGACUGCAGAGGAGGAACGCUUUCUUGAUUCUGCAGAAUAUGGCAACAUUCCUGUUGUGCGAAAAAUGCUGGAGGAGUCCAAAACCUUGAACUUUAAUUGUGUUGACUAUAUGGGACAAAAUGCUCUACAGUUAGCUGUAGGGAAUGAGCAUUUGGAAGUGACGGAACUCCUCCUCAAAAAGGAGAAUCUAGCUCGAGUUGGGGAUGCACUUUUGUUAGCCAUCAGUAAAGGAUACGUGCGCAUAGUGGAAGCAAUAUUGAACCAUCCCGCCUUUGCACAAGGGCAGCGUCUCACACUCAGUCCCCUUGAGCAGGAACUGAGAGAUGACGACUUUUACGCCUACGAUGAAGAUGGAACUAGGUUUUCACAUGACAUUACCCCUAUCAUACUUGCUGCCCACUGCCAGGAGUAUGAAAUUGUUCACAUCUUACUUCUAAAAGGUGCACGGAUUGAAAGGCCACAUGACUAUUUUUGCAAGUGCAACGAAUGUAUUGAGAAGCAGAGGAAAGACUCCUUUAGUCACUCUCGAUCGAGAAUGAAUGCCUACAAAGGAUUAGCGAGUGCCGCUUACUUGUCUCUUUCCAGCGAAGACCCCGUCCUUACUGCUUUAGAAUUAAGCAAUGAAUUGGCCAGACUAGCCAACAUUGAAACUGAAUUUAAGAACGACUAUAGGAAGCUAUCUAUGCAAUGCAAGGACUUUGUAGUGGGGGUACUGGACCUGUGCAGAGACACUGAAGAAGUAGAAGCAAUUCUGAAUGGAGAUGUGAACAUACAUCUGUGCCCUGAGCAUCACCGGCCAAGUCUGAGCAGAAUUAAACUGGCAAUUAAGUAUGAGGUCAAAAAGUUUGUUGCUCACCCCAACUGCCAGCAGCAGCUGCUCACCAUGUGGUAUGAAAACCUCUCAGGCUUACGGCAGCAAUCCAUAGCUGUGAAGUUCCUGGCUGUCUUUGGAGUCUCCAUAGGCCUGCCCUUCCUUGCUAUCGCCUACUGGAUUGCUCCCUGCAGCAAGCUGGGACGGACCCUCCGAAGUCCCUUCAUGAAGUUUGUGGCACACGCAGUUUCUUUCACAAUCUUCCUUGGACUGUUAGUAGUGAACGCUUCAGAUCGGUUUGAAGGAGUAAAAAAUCUUCCCAACGAAACCAUCACAGAUCAUCCCAAACAAAUAUUCAGAGUCAAAACAACUCAGUUCUCCUGGACAGAAUUGCUGAUCAUGAAGUGGGUAUUGGGCAUGAUAUGGUCAGAGUGUAAGGAGAUCUGGGAAGAGGGCCCACGAGAGUAUGUGGUCCAUCUCUGGAACCUUCUGGACUUUGGGAUGCUGUCCAUCUUUGUGGCAUCGUUCACUGCCAGGUUCAUGGCUUUCCUCAAAGCGACUGAAGCACAACAGUACGUAGAUCAGUACGUUCAAGAUGACGACCUCAAUAACGUCACCCUUCCCCCUGAAGUUGCUUACUUUACUUAUGCCAGGAACAAGUGGCUUCCCUCGGAUCCUCAGAUCAUUUCAGAAGGACUGUAUGCAAUAGCUGUGGUACUCAGCUUCUCCCGCAUUGCUUACAUUCUUCCAGCCAACGAAAGCUUCGGGCCCCUGCAGAUUUCUUUGGGAAGGACUGUGAAGGAUAUCUUCAAGUUCAUGGUCAUCUUCAUCAUGGUGUUCCUGGCCUUCAUGAUUGGAAUGUUCAACCUUUACUCUUAUUACCUUGGUGCAAAAUACAACCCUGCAUUUACAACGGUAGAAGAAAGUUUUAAAACCUUAUUCUGGUCAAUAUUUGGCUUAUCUGAAGUGAUAUCUGUGGUGCUGAAGUACGAUCACAAAUUCAUUGAGAAUAUUGGAUACGUACUCUAUGGAGUAUACAACGUGACCAUGGUGGUGGUGCUGCUUAAUAUGCUAAUAGCCAUGAUAAACAACUCCUAUCAGGAAAUUGAGGAGGAUGCAGAUGUGGAGUGGAAGUUUGCACGUGCCAAGCUCUGGCUGUCCUACUUUGAUGAAGGAAGGACUUUACCUGCUCCCUUUAACCUAGUGCCAAGCCCUAAAUCAUUUUAUUAUCUCAUACUGAGAAUAAAAAUGUGCCUCAUAAAACUCUGCAAAUCUAAGGCCAAAAACUGUGAAAAUGAUCUUGAGAUGGGGAUGCUGAACUCCAAACAACGGAAAGUUCGUUUUCAGUCUAGCAGUCUACAUACAGAAAACUUUUCGGUGAAGAAUGCUUACAACAAGCCCACAAGAUACCAGGUGCCAACCCUACCUCCCUCUGGAUUCUACUACCUUGGCCAUCUUCAACACACCAAAAUAAUGAAACGCCUGAUUAAGCGGUAUGUGCUGAAGGCUCAGGUGGACCGAGAAAAUGAUGAAGUCAAUGAAGGAGAACUUAAAGAGAUCAAGCAAGAUAUUUCUAGUCUCCGAUAUGAACUCCUGGAGGAAAAGUCCCAGGCUACUGGUGAGCUGGCAAGACUUAUACAGCAACUGAGCGACAAAUUUGGGAAGAACUUAAAUAAGGACAUUUGA